AUGGAGGCCUUUCGGAACGAUGACGGCAAGCAAAAGCAAUGCGCCAAAAUUUUUAACAGGAAAACAUGUGACGAAGGCGAGCAAGAAGGCCAUUUCGACGCUACCCCUCAUCUCUUUGCUGUCAACAUGGCGGAUAUCCAGGAGCGUCUUAAGAAGCUCGGUGCCCAGAGCGCCCGCAGUGGUAUUGGCAAGGGAACCCCUCGUCGUCCUGCCAAGCGCGGCCCUGCCCGCUCCGGCACCGACGACAAGAAACUCCUCCAGACCCUGAAGAAGCUCAACACCCAGCCCAUCCAGGGCAUUGAGGAGGUCAACAUGUUCAAGGAGGACGGCAACGUCAUUCACUUCAAGGGCCCCAAGGUCAACGCCUCGGUCCCUUCCAACACCUUUGCCAUCUACGGCAACGGCGAGGACAAGGAGCUCACCGAACUCGUCCCCGGCAUCCUCAACCAGCUCGGCCCCGACUCGCUGGCCUCCCUUCGCAAGCUCGCCGAGAGCUACCAGGCUAUGUCCAAGGCCGAGGGUGGCGAGGGCGACGACGAUGACGAGAUCCCUGACCUCGUCGAGGGCGAGAACUUUGAGAGCAAGGUCGAGUAA